UGAAGUUGUCAGACAGGCCAGCCCAGCAACUCUCUCUUCACAACUAGGUAGCUAGCAAGUUAGGUGACAGACGGCCACGGGAGGAGAGAUUUACAUGAAACAGCACCGCUAUGAAGGUCGUCCGUUUGUAGCUACAGUCGGUACGAGUUAGAGCUAACUUCGAGAUCUCAGAUAACAUUUCAAAGUAACCUGACAGUGAGGAAGCAAAGUGGAAACAAUUCGCUAGCCUGCCAGCUAACCUUUUAGCCUCCGACCCUCUUUCAGCUUCAAACCUCUGUUCAGUCGAUUGGACUUGGAUCACACUCGUUUCAACCAUGCCUUUUCCUUUCGGGAAGUCACAGAAGAAUCCAGCUGAAAUAGUGCGGAGUCUGAAAGAGAAUGUGGCAUACAUGGAAAAGCUGGACGCUGGAGACAGCAAGAAGUGUGAAAAGGUUGCAGAGGAAGUGUCAAAAAAUCUGGCUACCCUGAAGGAGGUACUCUGUGGAACAGGUGACAAGGAGCCUCAGACCGAGGCAGUGGCUCAGCUCGCACAAGAGCUGUACAACACCAACCUCCUGAUUGCUCUCAUUGCAAAUUUGCAGAGGAUUGAUUUUGAGGGGAAGAAGGAUGUGGUUCAUUUGUUCAGUAAUAUUGUGAGACGUCAGAUUGGCACCAGAACACCCACGGUAGAAUACAUCUCUACACACCCUCAGAUCCUCUUCAUGCUUCUAAAAGGAUACGAGAGCGCAGAGGUGGCUCUGAACUGUGGAAUGAUGUUGAGAGAGUGCCUGCGUCACGAGCCUCUGGCACGGACGGUGCUCUUCUCUGAAGAGUUGUACUGCUUUUUCCGUUACGUGGAGCUCUCAACCUUUGACAUAGCCUCAGACGCUUUUGCCUCAUUCAAGGAUCUCCUCACAAGACACAAGAUUAUGUGUGCAGACUUCCUGGAGAAUAACUAUGACAGGGUAUUUACAGAAUAUGAGAAACUCCUGCACUCUGACAACUACGUCACUAAACGACAGUCUUUGAAGCUCCUUGGGGAACUUCUCCUGGAUAGACACAACUUCACUGUCAUGACAAAGUACAUCAGUCGGGCAGAGAACUUGAAGCUGAUGAUGAACUUGCUAAGAGACAACAGCCGAAACAUCCAGUUUGAGGCCUUCCACGUCUUCAAGGUAUUUGUCGCAAACCCCAACAAGACUCAGCCCGUGCUGGACAUACUGCUGAAGAACCAGACCAAGCUAGUGGAAUUCCUGAGCCACUUCCAGACAGACAGAUCCGAGGAUGAGCAGUUCUGUGACGAGAAGAACUAUCUGAUCAAGCAGAUCCGGGACCUGAAGAGGCCCGCGGCACCCGAGGAAGCUUAAGGC